GAUCACAGGUUGCGUGUUUUAAGACGUUAACCUAAGACCAAACUGCUCUCGACCGCCUUGUGUCGAGUGUUUGUCGUGUUCGGCUUCGUAGGUUUCAAGUGGCUGUUUCUCAGUCGCGCGAACCCGGUUCCUUCGACUGCUGAGUCCGGUCCUGUUCGUCGUGGUAAUCCAGUCCGGCUUUUACUCGUCAUGCCCGUCCAGUGCAGCAGCUGUGCGCUGAGCCGCGCCGUGCUCAAACGGCCCAAGACCGGUCACUCCUUGUGCAAAGCCUGCUUCUUCUGGGCGUUUGAGGAGGAGGUUCAUCACACUGUCGUGUCUGGGCGCCUGUUCAGUCGCGGGGAGACGGUCGGCAUCGGGGCGUCAGGUGGGAAGGACUCCACCGUGCUGGCCCAUGUGAUGAAGGUGCUCAAUGAGCGCCACGACUACGGCCUGAAGCUGCUGCUCCUCUCCGUGGACGAGGGCAUCACAGGCUACCGCGACGACUCGCUGGAGACGGUGAGGAGGAACCAGCAGCAGUACGACCUGCCUCUUAAGAUCGUGUCUUACCAAGAGCUGUAUGGCUGGACUAUGGACGCCAUCGUAAAGCAAGUGGGGUUAAAGAAUAACUGCACUUUUUGCGGUGUGUUCCGGAGGCAGGCGCUGGACAGAGGUGCCGUGAUGCUGAAUGUGGACAAGAUAUGUACAGGUCACAACGCAGAUGAUGUGGCAGAGACGGUGCUGAUGAACGUCCUCCGCGGCGACAUUGCCCGUCUGCGCCGCUGCACAGCCAUCAGUACAGCCAGUGAUGGUGAAGGAGCGAUACCGCGCUGUAAACCUCUGAAGUAUGCCUAUGAGAAAGAGAUCGUCCUCUAUGCGUACUUCAAAAAACUUGACUACUUCUCCACCGAGUGCAUCUAUUCACCCAACGCCUACCGCGGUCACGCACGCGCUUUCCUAAAAGACCUAGAAGCGGUCAGGCCUAGCGCUAUUAUGGACGUCAUCCACUCUGGGGAGAACCUCUCCGUGAAGGAAGGCGUGAAGAUGCCAGUCCAGGGGACGUGCACACGAUGUGGGUACAUCUCCAGCCAGGCCCUGUGCAAGUCCUGUGUGCUCCUGGAGGGUCUGAACAGAGGUCUGCCCAAGCUUGGAAUAGGCAAGCACCACCGGCUCCACGGCAAGAUCCUGGCCCAGCAGCCUCUAACCCAAGAGGAGGAGAAGAAGCUAAAGGCAGUAGACUUUUAAUGGGACGUUAGACUUGAAUGACCUUUCUGGAAUGGGUAGGGGAUGGGGUCACACUUUUAUUUAUUAAGUUUUUUUUUGUAGGGAGACUUUUUGGCUUUUGCUUUCUUGCAACUUUUGUGAUAAAAGCAUAUCCUAGAACUCGUACAAUAAAGAAAGCUUCCUCAACUA